CCCCCUCAUAACACCACUGCCCAAGCCUCCGCAAGCGCCACGCCCCUGCCUGCCGUUUACCUGAAGUACUGGGUUCGUCCGCGCUCUCUUCGAGCUCUCCCCACGAGGCCCGCCGUCAUCGUCGUUCGAUCGCUCAAACGAUAGCCUCUGAGAUGCGUUCCGCCCUCGUCGCCGCAAUCGGCCUUGCCGUCCUCGCUGUGCUGCCUGUGCCCGCAGCCGCCCUCCCCGGUCCCACUCCCGCCAUCCAGGCCCGUGCACCGGGCCCGUCCCAUGGUCACGACCCGCACAACGACCGUCGGGGCCCCGUACGUCGGACCCCUGUCGUUCAGGCUCGCGCGCCGGGCCCAUCCCAUGGUCAUGACCCGCACAACGAUCGUCGGAGCCCCGUCGUCCAAGCACGCGCGCCGGGCCCGUCGCAUGGUCAUGAUCCGCACAACGAUCGUCGGGCUGCCGCCGUCCAGCGGGGCCCACAAAAGCGCGAGCAGCAGCUCAUUCCCGCCGUUCAAGAUGUGACUCACCUCUGCCCCCUGUCCAUGUCCGCCUGCCCGAUCUCUUCGUCCGUGCCGUUGUCGUUGAUGGAGUGGAUCGAGCAAGGCUUCGAAUGCGUGGACCUCAGCGAGGACCUCAACUCCUGCGGAGGCUGUGGAUCCGUUGAUACGCAAUUUGACUGCACCGCCAUCCCCAACGCGCUCGCGGUGUCGUGCGUCGUCGGCGGCUGCCACGUCGACUCGUGCAAGACAGGAUACGCGAUCGCCGCGGACAGCAAGACGUGCGUCUCUGCGCUCGCGUAGACACGAACCGAACGAACCGCACACCUACCGCAUGGCGCGGCUGCUAUGUGCGAUCGACAGACACUCCUAUCUCUACGAUUAGCUAUAGAUUCUGUGCUGCCGACGUGCGACGCACGAUGCACGAUGCACGAUACGUUGGUGGCAUGCGUUGUACAGUACGUUCGUCGGUUGUGUGCUUGGACAUUUUUGUAUUAGCAUGGACGAUCCGGUGCUCUCCUCCUUCGUUGCGCUGUCGCCGUGCUGUAUCCAGCGUGGUGCGCGAGGCGGGGAGCUUACCUUAAUAUGCUGUUACAUUUACUUUUUUACACCAAACCUUCUACUUUCGAUACGCGUUGGCUAUACUGCAAAGAGCGGUGCCCUCCUUACGAUCCCUCAUGCUAUGCCGAGACGCUGUCACCCUAUUUAUCGAUUAGUAUAUAUGCCAGAUAGAUAGAUGCACUCUUCAGCCUAUGUAUAGAUCUAGAAUGCGCG